CCACAGUAUUUAUAGCAUAUCCAUCCCACAUCCCACACCCAACCUAUACUCUCUCCCUAUUCGCUUCUCAAUCCAGACCCAGAAAGCUCCUUCGAAAUCGAAGGGCUUUCUCGGUUUCCUCCCAUGGAUUCCGGCCGCCUUCUCCUCUUCUCCCUCUCUCUCGCCCUCAUUUCUCGCGCCUUUUCCGAUUCCCUCAUCCGAAUCACGCCUGAUCGCCGCAGCUCCACCAAGCUCUCCAGAGACGAUGUCCUCUUCUGUGAUAGCUGGAGAUUCACCGUCGAGACCAACGACGCCGGAGUCUGGGUGUCUGUUCCCGACAGGUGCGUGCAGUGGGUAAAGGAUUACAUGACCGGCGACCGGUACAGGUCGGACUCGGAGUUCGCGGCCGACGACUCGCUGUCAUUCGCCAAGACGGUGCAGAUUGCCGGCGAUGGCAAGGACGUCUGGGUUUUCGACAUCGACGAGACCCUGCUCUCCAAUCUGCCCUACUACGCGGCCCACGGUUUCGGGUCGGAGGCCUUUGAUGAAACAACAUUCGAUGAAUGGGUGAAUUUGGCUGAGGCACCUGCUUUGCAGGCGAGUUUGAGGUUGUACAGGGAGGUUGAACAGCUGGGAUUCAAGAUAGUUCUGAUAACUGGGCGGAUUGAACCCCAGAGGAAUGUCACAGAGAAAAACCUUGUAUAUGCGGGGUACAGUAAUUGGGAAAGGCUUUUCUUAAGGGGACGUGCAGAUAGUGGCAAAACAGCCCUAGUCUACAAGUCUGAGAAGCGAAGGGAGUUAGAAGAUGAGGGUUAUAGGAUUCAUGGAAGCUCUGGAGAUCAGUGGAGUGACUUGUUGGGUUUCGCAGUAGCUAGACGGUCCUUUAAACUUCCAAAUCCAAUGUACUACAUUCCUUAAUGCAAAAAAAACUAAUAAUAGCAUUAGGCAGUUGUGCCAAUGUUAUUGUAAUUCAUUUGCUUGUUUGGAAGUUCUUAGACUGGUUAUUCACCACAAUUCUUUCAAACAAUUUGUAUGUACUUGUGGUUUUGAGAGGUUGUAGGUGCUUACAAGGCCUGUCUUGUUAACGUUGUUGGUUAAUCUCUUGAGUUCUUGCUUCC